GAUCAUCCACAGCCUUACGGCUCAAAAUAUUUGUAUUGACUUAUACAACCUGGAGCUGCCAUUCACAAUCAUGAAAUAAUAAUAAAAAGGUGUACCCAUAAAGAUUCAUGAAAUGGUACCCUGAGAGGCUAAACUAUUUUAACACAUGAUAAAACGCUUUACUGGUUUUACCAACCCUUUUCAGCUUUUUUACAACCUGCAACAAAAGCUGGCUAUACACAGGACAAUAAAAGCUUCAGGCCUUCAGGACGAGAACGGGACCCUUGGGAUGGCUUGUACGGCUGAUGACUUGCUGAAAAUCAUCCAAAUAUCUAUUGAUCAAGUUUGGAAAUCCCCAUGGCUAAAGACCACAUCAGCAUGUCUGUUGGAUUUCCUUAGGCCAAGCAUGAUAAGAUGUUGGCCACUGGUCUCAGCAUGUGGAUGCCCACUUUAUUUAGGUGACAGAUGAGCAUGUGUAUGGGUGUCUUAACCUUAACAGGCUGCAUGGGUUCUAGGGUAACCUAUCAAACAGACAGUACGAGAGAAAGUAAUCUGGAAUAUGUAUAUAGGAAACAGACGGCAUUGUGUAUAGGAACUCAUUUUAGUGCCAAGGACAGUGGCAUCAGAUGUCACACCCAUUGGCUUUCUCUGUCUGACUUCAAAUAUUCCUUUCACGCACAGUACAGGUGAGGCGCUCUUGUUAACUUGGAAGUGCACGAGAGGAUUGUUACUUAUCAGACUCCACUGCACACUGCACUGUUUGGGAAGGUAAAACAGGAGGCAGGUUAUACAUUGAUGGGAAGGGGCGGGUGGACCUCUCAGGGACAGGUUUAUAGUUAGCAGCACAUGCAACUCACACACCUGAGAGAGAAGAGAGGGACCAGUUGACAGUCUGGAAGAAAGUCCCACAGACUGAAGAACACAAAUGGACGCCACAGCAACACCAGCUCCAGACAAGGAUACGAUUCCCAUCAAUAAUCCUGCAGACAUCUCUGUUAUUGUGGUGUAUUUUGUUGUGGUCCUGGCAGUAGGAAUAUGGGCAAUGGUAAGGACAAGCCGUGGUACUGUGGGAGGUUUCUUCCUGGCAGGGCGCAGCAUGGUGUGGUGGCCGAUUGGGGCGUCUCUGUUUGCCAGUAAUAUUGGCAGUGGGCAUUUUGUGGGACUUGCUGGGACAGCUGCUGCUGGUGGCAUCGUUAUUGGAGGUUUUGAAUGGAAUGCUCUGGUUAUUGUGGUGAUCCUUGGCUGGAUCUUUGUGCCAAUCUAUGUGAAAGCUGGGGUGGUGACAAUGCCAGAAUAUUUAAGGAAACGUUUUGGUGGAGACCGAAUUCGGAUUUAUCUGUCAGUUCUCUCUCUUCUCCUUUAUGUCUUCACCAAGAUCUCUGCAGACAUGUUCUCAGGGGCAAUCUUUAUCCAGCAGGCCAUGAGGAUCAAUAUAUACAUAGCCAUUGUCAUGCUGCUUGCCAUCACUGCUCUGUACACUGUCACAGGGGGGCUUGCUGCUGUCAUUUACACAGACACUUUACAGACUAUCAUCAUGUUAGUGGGAUCCUUCAUCCUUAUGGGAUUUGCAUUUAAUAAAGUUGGAGGCUAUGAACAGUUUAUGGAGAAAUACAUGAAUGCUAUCCCUUCUGUGACUUCUUAUGAUAACAUCACCAUUCCUGAGAAAUGUUAUACCCCACGAGAAGAUUCAUUUCACCUUUUCCGUGACCCGCUCACUGGGGACAUGCCGUGGCCAGGGCUCAUCUUUGGUCUGACCAUUCUUGCCCUGUGGUACUGGUGCACAGAUCAGGUGAUCGUUCAGCGAUGUCUUUCAGCCAAGAACAUGUCUCAUGUAAAAGCUGGCUGUAUUUUAUGCGGGUAUCUUAAACUGCUGCCCAUGUUCCUCAUGGUGUUUCCAGGAAUGAUCAGCCGUAUUCUAUAUACAGAUGAAGUAGCUUGUGUGGUACCUUCUCAGUGUAAGAAAUUCUGUGACACAGAGGUUGGAUGCACCAAUAUCGCCUACCCAAAAAUGGUGAUAAAUCUGAUGCCAGAUGGUCUCAGAGGUCUGAUGCUCUCAGUGAUGUUAGCGUCUCUCAUGAGCUCCCUCACUUCCAUCUUCAAUAGUGCGAGCACCCUCUUCACCAUGGAUAUUUACACAAAGUUUAGGAAGACGGCAAGCGAGAAGGAGCUAAUGAUAGCUGGAAGGGUUUUUAUCCUCUUCCUAAUUGGAGUGAGUAUUGCAUGGGUUCCAAUACUGCAGUCUGCCCAGAGUGGCCAGCUUUUUGAUUACAUGCAGUCCAUCACUAGUUACCUGGGCCCACCCAUUGCUUCUGUCUUCUUCCUCGCUAUCUUUGUCAAGAGAGUGAAUGAGCAGGGAGCAUUCUGGGGGUUAAUAAUUGGACUCUUCAUUGGCCUUUCAAGGAUGAUUGCUGAAUUUGCCUUUGGAACUGGAAGCUGUGUGAAACCCAGCAAAUGUCCCACAAUCAUCUGCGGAGUUCAUUACUUGUACUUUGCCAUCAUCCUCUUUGUUUCAACCUCCAUCAUUGUUUUGGCAAUAUCAUUCAUGACCAAACCCAUACCUGAUAAGCAUCUCUAUCGCUUGUGCUGGUCCCUGAGAAACAGCAAAGAGGAACGAGAGGAUCUAGAUGCAAAUGACUGGGCUGCAGCUGAGGAGCCAGAAGAUGAUAAGGAAGAUGAGGAAGAGAAAAAGACAAGUUGCUGGAGGAAAUCAUAUAACUGGUUCUGUGGAUUUGAUGAUAAGAAGCCUCCCAAACUGAGUGAGGAAGAGAAGAAGGCCUUGGAAGAAAAGAUGACAGACACUUCAGAGGCUCCCCUAUGGAGGAAUGUGGUCAACAUCAACGGCAUCAUCCUGCUGGCUGUGGCUGUGUUCUGCCAUGCAUUCUUUGCAUAGAGGCUAUUUUGAACUUGAAAAAAAAAAUCCUGGUUGCUGAAGUUUUGCCCUGACCUGUAAAUCAAACUAAAGAUUGGCAAGAGGAAAGCAGAAAUACUAAAUAGGCCACACAUGCAGGUGGAAACUGUUUCUUAUCCAGAAAAAAACUGCCAAUGUUAUAUUAGCCAGUAAAUUGCAAUAUACAAGUGAAACCCUUUUUACAUUGUUUUAGUGGGAAUGAUCUUAUAAACCCACAGCAAUGCAAAGGGCACAUGGUAUGUACACUCUAUGGUAAGCAAGAAUCCAGGUUCUUGCAGGUAAUGGACCACAGAGAUCAGGACGAACAAGGCCACAUCUAGUGGAGUAAACCUGGCUCUAGCUACUCAAAUGGGUUGAAUGAACUCAGACCUGCCGUCAGUUGAGCUGUAGUUUCAGCAGGGAAGGUGGGGUGCAGAUGAGUAAUCCAUGUUUGAAAGUUUCUCAUGAAAUUGUAGCAUCCUGUAUUUUGACAAAUCCCUAUCAGUUUAUAACGGGUAAUAAAUUGCUGAUAUUUUUAAUAAAGAAAUGGAAAUGA